AUGAGCCUUGCGCUGCUGAGAAUUGUUCAGUAUCGCUGUAGGAAAUCUAUCACGAUGAAGGCAGUGUUUGUUCUCUUGGUUUGCGCCGUCGCCGUCUUUGCCGACGACACGGCCACUCCCUACCAGGUGCCCGUCUUCCCCGAGGAUUCGUGGAUUGGCGAGAGGAUUGUGAACGGCCAGCCCGCCGCGACCAACCAGUUCCCCCACCAGACCACCGUCUUCUCCACCAACAACAACAGCACCGGCGGCUUCUGCGGCGGCUCCCUGGUCUCCCCCAUCUGGGUCUUCUCUGCUGCCCAUUGCACGCGCGGCUUCGCCUGGUACCACAUCGGCGUGGGCUCCAUCAACCGUCUGUCUCAGCAGCAGACACAGGUGUCCAACUUCGUGAUUGAGCACGCCCAGUACAACCCGUCGAACCUCAACAACGAUGUGUGCGCCGUGCGCCUCAACACGCCUCUGCAGAUCAACGCCGCCGUGCAGGUCAUCCGCCUGCCCAGGCGCAGCGAGUUCACCCAGCUCUGGGUCGGCGACCGCGCCUACGUGUCUGGCUUCGGCAGGACCACCAACACUGGCCCCAUCUCCAACCAGCUCAUGUUCACCAACAUCCGCAUCAUCAGCAAUGCCGAGUGCGCCGGCGUCUACGGCACCAACGUGAUCAUCGCCUCCACCAUCUGCGGCCGCGGCUGGGACUUCAACUCCCAGUCCACGUGCAACGGUGACUCCGGCGGCCCGCUCAUCCUGCGCCAGGGCGGCGCAUCCGGCGAUCUGCACAUCGGCGUGGUGUCCUUCGUGUCCGGUGCCGGAUGCGACAGCGGACAUCCUUCCGGCUACGCUCGCAGCACGCACUUCACCGAGUGGGUGUACGCCAACACUGGCAUCCCAAUUGUGGCCUAGACGCUUCCAAACACACACGAGACACACAGUCAGACAGGAAGAGAGAGAAAUUAGGGAAUAAA